ACCGUCGCCGGCUGCGCGCGAGAGCAACGCGCAUCGCGUCAGUCGCGCUCCGACCUUCGCGGUGGAAGGACGUACGUCGGUGUUCUCUCGGUUUAUCUCGGUUUGUGUGCGCGUCGUUCUCGAUCGCCUUGCCGCGUAUUAAUCGCGCGAGUGUCGUACAUCGAGUGAGACGUAUAUCAGACGCCGAUCAGUAACGCGAGUGUUUUACUCGGUUUAAUCGGUCGGUGCAAAAGUACGCCAUUACAUCAGCUCCAACUUCACGGUGAGACGCCUGUCAUCGGAGAGAGAUCAUCGGCGGAUCUUUUCACGUCCUCCCAGCUGUCGUAAGAUCGCUCCAAGGACUGCUCGAUCGGAUAGCCGAGCGAGGUAGAUAACUUCGAGGACUCUGAAAUAGACAUGUGCGAGGAUCGACCGAACGUUACUCGCCAAUGACGCAGGCAACGACGACGAGGUGACAACGAAAACGGUGACACACGCAACCAAUAAUUGAUCGAAAAUGGCCAAGAGCGCUGAGAGAUUACCCGGUAGUUCCACCAGACUUAGGACCAGAGAUGACGGUUGCUGCUCCGUGAAUUUCUUGAAAUAUGUUCUUCACAUUUAUAACGUGGUACUGUUUCUGUCCGGACUGGUGGUGGGCGGCAUCGGUAUCUGGACAGUGGUGGCGAAGCACAGCUACGUGUCCCUUAUGUCCACGUCGACGUACCCCACUUUGGCCUACGCCUUGAUCGUCGCAGGUGUACUGGCUGUCAUCGGUAGCUGGCUCGGAUGCGGCGGUGUAACUUCUGAAAAUCGAUGUGUCCUGCUCGUGUACGUCUUUGUGGUGAUGGCGGUGCUCGUCCUGGAGGCCGGAGUCGGCGCUCUGGCGCGUCUCUACGAGGAACAAGUCGGCCCUGAGUUGAAGAUGAACUUGAACCGCACCUUCCUCGAGAACUAUUCCGUACGAUCUCGAGAAACCGCGGCCAUCGACCAGAUGCAGAAAGAAUUCAAAUGCUGCGGUGCCUUGAGAUUUGAAGACUGGGUUAUGAGCGAGUGGCAUAAAGACGAGGAAGUCCUUAGGAACGGUAGCGUUGUACCUGACAGCUGCUGCAAGACGCCGACGUUACUUUGCGGGAAAAGGGAUCAUCCCUCCAAUAUACAAUACACGGGCUGCAUUUACAAGUUCCUGGAAACGACGAAGGACCAUCUGAUAAUCCUGGGCGCCGUCGGGCUCGGCCUGUCGGUCCUCGAGCUCUUCGGCAUCGUUCUCGGUUCCUGCCUCUACAUCAAGCUCAGGCACGACUUCGAUGACUGAGAAUUGCUUCAUUGCCCCGAGGGCAAUAAUAACGGCCAGUCGUGGUGCAGAUACAUGCAGAACAACUCGGAGUCCGUUUGAUCGUCGGAGUAGGGGCGGAAGGACGCGCGAUUAUAGUCGCGGGAACGUUCGGAUGAAAGGGAACCGUCCUCGACAACGGACCCUUAUUUGCGACUCCCUCCCCCCCUCUCUAUACUCUCGGAAAGAUAUCAAUAAGUGAAAUUCGAGGUAGCGAAUAAGAAGCGAUGCCGUUUUCGUCGUCUCGCUUCUCGCGACUGAGCAAAAUGAAGAAUUCGAAGAGGAAGAGUGAAAGUUCAAAGAUAAAAGAAAAAUCGUGUUUAAAGAUCGAUUCAACGUCCUGGAUCGCUAUCACUAGAAGAGAAAGAUACUUUUCUCAUCAUUGAAUACGAUUGUGCAUCGAAGUUUAAUUUCAAAUUCGUCCAUUGUCGACGAUCUUAAAUUAAUUUCUCGAAUGCCAUUACGAAAUACAAGAAAAGUGUAGAUUUUUAAAGUCAGUCGAUUUUAUUCGCAUCUUCCAUGUAAUUUGUAAUGGUAUCUACUUUAUCGUAUGAAAUUUCGGAAUUUCUAUCAGCCCGGGGAGCAAUAUCGAUAAAUUUAAAGUUGACUGUAGUGUUUUCUGAAGCAGCGUUUCUCUACGCAAGUAAUUACAAAGACAAUUUUGAUAAACGACCAUGUGUGGACAGCCGGUAUGUGCACGCUGGACCGGUUAAAAUUAUCUCGACAAUUGUUCACGAUCGAUACGGAGCUAAUCGAGACUGCGUAACUCACGAUUGUAGCUGUUGCUGUCAAUGGUGUUUGACUAUAUUUUCUGUGUGUGACAUUUUCUUUCGGAUGAUGACACACGAACUUGAAUUCUUUUUUAUAACGCAAUCGUCAGUCGUGACGUUAAAAAUAUAAUCUCUUAAAAAAAAAUCUCUCCGAGCGUAAAAUAUUUUUCGAGCUCGGCGAGCUCUCGCGAAAGCGCCGAACUUCAUAUACUGCCAUUGCGAAUUUGCAUAAUAUUUAAUUGCAAUCUAUUAAAAAUCGAUUAAAGCGCAUCGCAAUAGAAGCUGAAAAAGACGAAAAAGAAAUUCUCCUGCGUAAGGAAAAAAUUAACACGACUGUCUGACUUUUCCCGCGCAACAAUAAGAUCUGAUUCAAUCGAGUAAUGUCAAUUUUCCUACGAUCGAAUCGCAUCGUCAUCGAGUUUAUUUACAUCUUACUCCUUUUUGUCUCUUGCUCGUCGAAGAAUAAAUAAUCGGGUAACCAUUUGUUAUAAACUCGAUGAUGGAUCGUGAUUCGUAUCUCCGACAGCGAGGACAAGUCUAAAAUCGACUUAGACAUCG